UGGAAAGAGACGGGGUGAUGAGCUGUAGACUGUAAAGGAAAGAGGAGUGACAGAAGAGAGCAGCAGGUGGAUUUACAGUUGACUCUGUGUGUGUCCCAUACUAUGCCACGGAGUCCAACAUCCAGUGAGGAUGAAAUGGCUCAGAGCUUUUCUGAUUAUUCUGAUGAGUCUAUCUCCGGGAGCUCUAAAGAGGACACUAUCUAUGAGACUAUAAGAGUGCCGGCUGAGCGGCCGCUGAGCUUGAUGGAGGACACUCAGAGCAACACAGUUGUCAUCAGAGUGAUUAUUCCAGAUCUGCAGCAGACGAAAUGUAUGAGGUUUGAUGUGGACUUGACGGUCUGGGCGGUGAAGCAGCAGAUCCUUUGUACUUUGAGUCAAAGCUUAAAGGACGUGCUGAAUUAUGGCCUCUUCCAGCCAGCAAAUAAUGGCCGAGAUGGAAAGUUCCUGGAUGAAGAACGUCUGCUCAGUGAAUAUCCACAACCAACUAGUAAAAGCAUCCCAACUCUGGAGUUUCGGUAUAAAAGCAGAGUAUACAAACAACCCAGUGUAGAUGAGAAGCAAAUUGCCAAAUUACAUACCAAGGCCAAUCUGAGGAAGUUUAUGGAUUACAUCCAAAAUCACCAGUCAGAGAAAAUCUCUAAAAUGUUGGAUAAAGGACUUGACCCAAACUACCACGAUUCAGAAACAGGAGAGACGCCCCUGACGUCUGCUGCUCACUUGGAGAACAUGGCUGAUAUCAUUAAGGUGCUAAAGAAUGGAGGAGCUCAUCUGGACUUCAGAGCUAAAGAUGGCAUGACAGCCUUACACCGAGCAGCUCGCGCUAACAACAAGUACACACUAAUGACUCUGCUGGAGUUGGGGGCAUCACCAGAUUAUAAGGACAGUCGUGGUUUAUCGGCGCUGUAUCACACAGCCAUGGUGGGUGGCGACUCAGGCUGCUGUGAGCUCCUUCUUCACGAGCACGCCAGCAUCACCUGCCAGGAUGAGAAUGGCUGGCAUGAAGUUCAUCAGGCUUGUCGACACGGUCAUGUCCAGCAUCUUGAGCAUCUCCUGUUUUAUGGAGCUGAUAUGAGCGCCCAGAAUGCAUCGGGAAACACGGCGAUGCACAUUUGUGCUCUCUACAACCAGGAUAAAUGUGCUCGUGUGCUGCUUGUUCGGGGAGCUGAUAAAGAGGUGAAAAACUACAACAGCCAAACUCCAUUUCAGGUGGCCAUCAUCGCAGGAAAUUUUGAGCUUGCUGAGCUGAUCAAGAACCACAGAGAGAGUGACAUAGUGCCUUUCCGUGAGGCUCCUUCGUAUUCCAGGAGACGUCGUGCCCCUCAUCAUUUGGUGCCUCCACGCGUGCUGCUGCGCUCCAACAGUGAUAACCUCCUCCAACUGCAUCCCCAACACACAAACACACAACCACAUACACAACUACACGUACACACCAGCCCUAAUGGCACAGUGAGUACCAGAGCCCAGCCACGCAGCCGCUCGCCCUCGCUCAGCCGUCUGGGAGAAGAACAGCAUAGACUGCAGCACAGAGCAAACACAAGUCUUGAUGGUUCGGGGUCAAGAAGGAAGCUGUACAGUGCUGUCCCCGGUCGCCAUUUUGUUGCCGUGCGAUCCUAUCAGCCUCAAGCAGAGGGAGAAAUCACACUGUAUAAAAAUGACAGGGUCAAAGUCCUCAGUGUUGGUGAAGGUGGCUACUGGGAAGGCAGCACUCGUGGCCGUGUCGGCUGGUUUCCAGCUAAUUGUGUGGAAGAAAUUCCUGGCAAAACCAACGAGGACAGACCACAGAGCCGAAUAGAUAGGACAGAUAAAAAGAAGCUAUUCAGGCAUUACACCGUGGGAUCAUAUGACAGCUUUGACGCCUCCAGCGACUGCGCCAUCGACGAAAAGACUGUGGUGCUGCACAAGAAGGAGAACGAGGGAUUCGGGUUCGUGCUGAGAGGAGCGAAAGCGGACACGCCCAUCGAGGAGUUUACACCUACUCCUGCUUUUCCCGCCCUUCAGUAUCUGGAGUCAGUGGAUGAAGGUGGAGUUGCAUGGGAGGCGGGGCUUCGGACCGGUGACUUCCUCAUUGAGGUGAACCAGGAGAACGUGGUGAAGGUGGGUCACAGGCAGGUGGUCAACAUGAUACGACAGGGUGGAAACAGACUCGUCAUUAAAGUCGUGACAGUCACCAGGAACCUGGACAAUGAUGACAAUGCAAGGAAGAAAGCCCCGCCUCCUCCAAAGCGAGCACCAACCACAGCACUGUCCAUGCGCUCCAAAUCUAUGACAUCAGAACUGGAGGACAUGGUGGAUAAAGCCACCUUGAGGAAAAAGAAAGGUGAUACUCAGUCUUCUAAUGUUGAGGGUCUGAAGAAGAGGAUUGUUUUUCAAGUCACACUAAAUAAAGUGGAUGAAGUGCCUCCAUCGCAGAAAAACGCAAGGGACAAUGGCUCAGUGGACAUGAGAGUGGCCACCAUUAAGCCUCGCCCCUCCAGCCGCUGCUUGGUCACGCCUACUGAUUUCAAUGCCAUGUAUGAACGGCAAGGUGUAGCUGUCGUUCCUCCCACCGUUCCUAGCGGUCCCCUUUUGGGUAUACAAAAGGGGACUAUGAAAAGACAAAAGUCCAUUGGUAUUACGGAAGAGGAAAAGCAGUUCCUGACUCCUCCAUUGCUAAAGUUCACACGGAGCCUUUCAAUGCCUGAUACAUCAGAAGACAUUCCACCUCCACCUGGCAUCUCCCCUCCAUCACCCCCUUUUAGCCCCAGUGCCCCCAAUAGCCGAGGCUAUAGCAACAACCAGCCUGGCUUUAUGCAACCCCAAGCAGGCAAAGGGUACGUAAAUACGAAUACUAUCAACAGAGGUCGAGGUGGUUUCCUGCGGCAAAACUCAGAACAGUAUGACCCUUCAAACUCCAUAUCAAACCAGCACAAUUCCCGAAAUAGAAACAGGGCCUCAGUCCCUGAGAACCCAUAUUCGGAAGUAGGAAACAAGGCACCUUAUGUCCCAGCCAAGCCAGCACGCAGGAAAGGGAUGUUAGUAAAGCAGCCAAAUGUCGAAGAUAGUCCAGAGAAGACCUGCUCCAUUCCAAUCCCCACCAUCAUUGUCAAAGAACCAUCCACUAGCAGCAGUGGAAAAAGUAGCCAGGGAAGCAGCAUGGAGAUUGAGACAAACACUCUGGAUCAUCCAGGCCAGCUGAGACCAGAGGAUACACUCAAUGUAAAUAAUCCCUUUGCUGCCGCUAUUGCUGGGGCAGUAAGAGACCGGGAAAAGAGGCUGGAAGCACGUAGAAACUCCCCUGCUUUUCUUUCCACAGAUUUGGGGGAUGAGGAUUUACCAAUGCCCAGUCCAACCCCUCGUUUGCGGCAGUCAAAAUCCAUUGAUGAGGGAAUGUUUGCAAAUGAUGAAAGGCUUCGGAAACUCAUGGCACCACCUUCUUCGCUGCGUAAUGUUUCACGAGAAGGUGAGAGUGAAGGAGGUGGAGGAAGUGGGGGUGGUAGUGGGGGCAAUGUGACAGACUUUAACAACCCUGAACCUGUGAUUGUACGUGAACCUCUGAACACACGAACAAGGAACUGCCCUGAUCUGGAUAGUCCAGUCAGCCUUCCAGCAACAAUAAAGACCUAUACCACCAAUGGUGAAGGAUACCUACACCCGGUUACGGGUAAAACUCUUGAUCCCAAUUCCCCGUUAGCUUUGGCUCUGGCAGCCCGAGACAGAGCUAUAAAAGAGCAAAAACAGCCUCCUCCACCUCCCCCAAAGGUGGAGCCUCACAAACCAGAUAUCAAUCAACCCCUGUUUAUUGAUACAAAGCUUCGCUCAGGCAUUGAGGCCAAAUUUGCUGCCUCUGUUUGCACAGGCCGGCCCGGUCUUCGGAGGCAGAUAACAGAGUCUAAAUAUGAAGCAGAAGGUCCAAAAGAAAGCAAGCAGGUAGAGGAAAAAAAGAACAUGGUGAUAGACAUUGUAGAUACUUCACAGCAGAAGCCAACAGGAUUGUUGAUGGUGCACACUGUGGAUGGAGUGAAGACAGAAGAAAAUAAUGUAAAUGAUGAAGGGAAAGAGGAAAUAGCACCUCAACAGGACACAGAACUAAGAGACUCAGAUUCCAAACUGCCUUCAGCUCCCACCUCCCAGACACCUGCCCCAUCCCGAACAAAAAGUAUCACAGCAGGUGGAUCAGUGGAUGAGCCUAUCAAACUGCCUUUCCGAAUCCCCCCUCCACCACUGGCUUCAGUUGAUAUUGAUGAGGAAUUUGUGUUUGCUGAACCUUUACCACCUCCAUUGGAAUUUGCCAACAGUGUUGACAUUCCUGAAGACCAGGUAGCAGAGAUUCUUAAGCAAAGGAAAAACAGUAUACCAGGGGGACAUUUGCCUCUAUUCCACCCCCAUGCUCCUCCACCCAUCAAUGUAGAACUGAAUCGUCCUGGGAUUUUAAACUGCAUUCCCCCUUCCAGCUACCCUCCACCUCCUUCUGAGAGCUUUGAGCCAAUUACAGACUCUGGAAUAGAAAUGGAUAGCCGAAGUAGCGGAGACCCUCACCUAGAGACCACCAGCACCAUCUCUACUGUGUCCAGCAUCUCAACACUGUCUUCAGAAGGCAGUGAGGCUUUGGACACCUGCACAGUCUAUGCAGACGGGCAGGUCUUCCUGGUGGACCGACCGCCUGUGCCGCCCAAGCCAAAAAUGAAGCCCAUCAUCAACAAGAGCAAUGCACUUUACAGGGACCCCUUGAUUGAGGAGGGUCCUGAAUCCUUCAAUCAACCCACACCUGCAACUCCUCCACCACUAUCAGAGACCCCCAAAACACCCACACAGCGAGCUUCUAAGCUUUGGAGGGAACCUCCUGAGCUCCGUAGCCCCCCCUCUUCUAAUCCAGAUCCUAAGGCAAAUGUUAUUAGUGAGCUGAGCUCCAUCCUACAGCACAUGAAUCGGGACAAAUCCCCAAAACAGGGUGAUUCACUUGAUUCUCCAACAGGACCCAGGAGCUUUACAAACAGGGAUUCUGCCAUUCCCUCUGUCUCAGGUACCCAGCGCUCCACUGCUCUAACGUUCACCACUCCAUCCACUCCUCCCUCCAUCCUUCCUUCAGUCACCUCUCCUCCUGCAUCAAGCCCCACCCCCUCCACACCAGGCCCUGCUUCAUCACCGGCACCGACUCCUCCUCUUUGUCCGUUCGGAAGCCGCUCAGCGUCUCCUCUCUCACUCCUGCACUCGUCCUCCUCGUCCUCGUCUUCAUCCAACUCCAAGCCGUUUUCCAGCAAGCCCGUCCUGCUGUGGUCCAAGCAUGACGUCGCUGACUGGCUGGAGAGCCUCAACAUGGCCGAACACAGAGACGCCUUCAUGGAGAACGAGAUCGAGGGAUCUCACCUGCCAAACUUGCAAAAAGACGACCUCAUCGAUUUAGGAGUGACGCGUGUUGGCCAUCGCAUGAACAUCGAGAGGGCGCUUAAGCUGCUGAUGGACAGAUAAAGCAAAGACGAGUGCACUUUUUCUUCCCUUGCCUUCUGUCUCUCCCUACACAAAUGCUGAGCACGAAGGACUAUCAGUAAGGACACUCACUUUUCACACGUCCUUCCCGAACGUGUGAAUGAGUGCGUGAGUUUUAAAAAAAAAAACAAUAACAAAAAACUUCGGAUUCAUUUCGGAUUCGGAUUCCACUCUGACUUUUUCAGAUCGCCAGCUGAGCUGGAGGCUUUUUUCUAUCUUUGCUAGAAAAAAAAAUAUUUCAUCACUAUAAAAAUGUCUGGCGGUUUACUUUAUGGAUGCAGCAAACACAC